UCCGUCUCCGCUCCCAUCACUAUCCACCAUGCUCUUGAGAGCCCGCACCGCUCUGCGCGUGCCGCGCUAUGCGCGCGCCGCGUCCUCCUCCUCUUCGCCGUCGCCCAAGAUCUGCGCCGUCCCAUUCCGCCUCAAGCCCAAUGCCGCGAAGGAGGCCAUGCUCCCCAUGUCUCUCAUGCUGUCUGGCAAGCCGGGCAAUUUGCUGUACGGGCUGGCGCUGCGUUUCUUCGGCUCGGGGCUUGAGCCGAUGGGCCGCGAGAUGGGGCUCGGGAGCUCCGUCGAGAUGCAGAGCAUCGCGGCCGCGUACUGGCCCGUGUGGAGGUGGGACAUGAUGGCCGAGGGGCCGUGGACGCCUGCGCACGGAGGCGAGGAGAGUCCCGCAUGGAUGACCGUACGCGAGGCGUACAUCCCCGGUAACCCGUACGCCCCGCUGUCCUACCUCUCCUUCUCGAUCCCACCGCUCGAGGACGACUUGCCGGCUUACAACCCCGGGCGGGAUCUGAACCAGCUCCGCGACAUGGACAUCGUGCCGGUCGACUUCACAGUGAACCCCUUUGCGACGCUGGAGAAGCUGAAGGAUGUGAUCAAGCGCCAGCGCAAUAUGGGAGGCAUGAAGGUGGACCCGGACAAGUGGAAGGAGUCGCUUCUUGCAGCCUACCCUAUCUACUUCCCCAUCUACAUCGCCGAGUAUGUGAUCAACAGCGGGGAUAACAAGCGGUCGUUCCAGCUCAUCAUGGACGCGCACUCGGAAGACACGGGCAAGUGCCGCGUGUCGGUCCCCAACCCACCCGAGGUGUGGUUGAAGGGUGCCCCGCCGAAGAACUACUUUGUGAACCCCGCUCCGUCGAUGCCGACCAUGACGCUCAUACUCGGCGCGGCACCAGCUCAGCCCUUCCAGCAGUCGCCCGCUGAGGUGGCGCGGAUAAACUACGACCAGUGGAUCUCCCCCAAGCCUGAGAGCAAGAAUGAGAUUCGCUCCUCGCCGACGCUUUCCGUGUCGCGCGACUCGUCGAUUGACUGGGACGACCCGCGCAUCCAGGCGUGGAACAGUGUCGAGCGCGAGGAGAACGCCGAGUACAUCGAGGCGGCGUUUGAGGUGCAGAAGAACUUUGCAGCUAUCAGCAACAUGGCGCACGCGAGCGAGCAGCUGGGCGAAGGGGCCAAUCUCAAGGAAAUUGACUUCAGGUUGACUUCUUGGGAGGAUGGCAAAACGACAACUGCGAGCGGAAGCAUGUCGGACAUGAAGGCGUCGCUGGAGGAAAGUCUCGCCAAGUCGACGGCCGAGCUGGCCCAGCUCAAGCCCCAGUGGUUGCAGGAGUUAGAAAAAAGCAAGAAAGAGGGGUCCGCAGCAGAGACAGCUGAGGUGGGGCAGGGUGAAGGUGAGAAGGUUGAUGGCGAUUCAACACCAGCGGAGAAGAAGGAUAUGUAGCACAGUAGACAGCAUGCACACCCAUCAUAUUGUGA